AUGGCUCGUCGUCUGAGCGAGUUUGCCGGCACACUUAUUCACGGUUUAAACUGUUGCUGCUGCCUCAGUGGCCCAGACAGCGAGCGAAGCUCCAUUGAGCUUAAUCCUAUGAUGGUCCCUCUUCCAUCAGAAGAUAACUCAAUCGUCGCAGACGAGACUCCAGCCACAGAGACCAUAGAGAGAAUUUCAUUUGAAGGGAGCUCUUCAACUAAAGAACGUGCCCUUAUUGAGGACAUCACUCCAAAUGCUCUACCAACAACGGUCCAACUCAGUGAGUUUCAAGAACGCGGAGCACAAAUCCGCCGCUGGAUAGACGAUCCUCAAGAACACAACUGUCAUAUCUCCAAAUCAACACUAACCUGGCCGCAGCUCGCAGAGAUGGGAUACUCGCUUCGCGAAAGUGACACGACAACCUUGGGUGAUCUAGAUCCCCACAGAGUGGACGUUCCUAUUCCAGGUAACGUAUCUCGCUUCUACGCCUGCUCAAAUGGCAAUUCCACCUGCGUGUGGGAUGGAUUUGCCGGAGAAGGAGCGAUUGCCCUCAACACCAUCAAGAGACAAAAGGGCAGCCCUGCGCCGCAAAUCUCCCAGAUCACGCAGGCUAUCUACACCAGACAUCAUGCGAUCGAUAGGUUGAGGUAUGUUUUUGUGAGAAACGUGGUUAAUGAAGAAACUCUUGACUUCGUCCAGCAUCAACUCUAUACCGAGGCUCAUGGUCCAAAGUGGCCACAUUGGGUACCGCGAGCCUGGAAGGUUGGCACGCCACGCUAUGAUGCUCUGUUGGGGACGAGAAUCGGUAAGGUGGUUGGGUAUCUUGUACUAGGUGCGUUUGAUCGUGGGACUAGACGCAUCAAACAGAUUUAUACCUGGCCUUCAAUGUCUGGAAGUUCGGUCAAUUUUCGCUUUGAUAUUGAGGUUAUUGCAUGA